AUAAGGGGUGGGUGCUUAACCAAAAAAGAUUGCUACUUUAUCAGAUUCAACAGAACACAUGAUAACAGAUAAUGGGCAGCUAGCUCAGUGAGGGGAAAAAAGUGGGCAAAUAGUUUUAAAAAAGAGGCAACUGGCAACAUCUGCCCACUUCACAUUCUCACAUUCUGUUGCACCAUCAUUUUGUCAGGAAAUCACUAAAAUGCUCACUACUUCAUCAGAGUUGCUGCACCUGGUAGUGCCUCUGUAGACACUAGUGGGUCCCAGAAUCCAUGGCAACAACAUUGUUUUGGGCGCCAAAAAAAUCUUUCAAAAGAAAUGGAACUAAAACCCAGAAUCAAACAAAUUACUAUCAUGGAAGCAAUCAUAACCAAGAAGAAGUCAACUCACAAAAUGGUCAUCCUGUCAUUUCAUGCCUUCAACAUGUAAAGGCAUAGGAUUCCCAGACAGCAAGAGCAACAACCUACAUAGUUUCAAGUUGUGCAAUGAUUACCGAAUAUGUAUUAGUAUUGUAAAAGCCUCCCUGCAUCUUCCAAGUUCAUUCACUUCAACCUCACAAAUUACAAUAACUUAUACUAGAGAUGGCAAGAAGGCAUAUACUCAUCCUCCUCCUCUUAGCAUGGUUUCUCUUUGCGGCUUUUCAAUCCAAUCGCCCAUUUAUCAAGGAUCAAGCUACUAAAUCAGUCAAUUUCAAGCUACGAUCUUUACAGUCCAGCUCAUUGUGGCCAACCAAACAUCAUAUUCCUGCUUGGGAUGACCUGAAAAAAAUCCAUAAAUCUCCAUCUGGGCCAAAUCCAGUAGGAAACCACCGCCCACCAACAAGACCGUGAAAGAAUGCAUAUGAUUAUGCAAGAAGAGUGAAGCUGACAAUGCAGGAGCAUCUAUUUGUAAGAUGAGAAUUAGGAUAUCAUGGAUGUACAAAUAUGCAAAAGUAUUUAGAGUCUCGAUUCCAUUUUCUUUCCU